AAGCUCCGUGAGAACGGUGGAGGAAAAAAUGAGAAAAAUAUUGCCACAAAUCACACAUGGGGACACACUUUAGAUUUUACACCAACAAGAAAGGAAGUAAGGUGAACAAGGACUUUGCUGUAUGCAACAAUUGUCUAACAAAAAUAAGGUUCACUGGGAGCUGGUGACGAAGGGCACACAUGAUUUCUUCCCUGCUUCGCAUUCAUCACUUGAGUGUGUUGAAGCGUUGUGACCCCGCCCUGCUGGUACUGUCUGACGAGGGGGAUGAGCUGGACUCUGCAGGAGAGAAACUCCUCUUCCUCCAGGAUAAGCGGCGUGUCCAGAAGGUUCUGUGGCGUCAGCUGUUUGUACUGGACUCCAUGAUGUGCGAGUUGGAGGGCCUUCAAUCUCCACAGCAACUGCUGACACAGAACUGUGCCCCUCAGACAGACAGUGGAGCACGGGGCCGUUGGAAGGCAUUGAAGGCAGAGUGCCGAAGGAUGCCAGAGCUAACGGAGGAGCUACUGGCCACGCUGCUACAAAAAAUACAAACCAUCAACGACAAACGACAAAAAUUCACACAAUUGCUGCAGCAGCUGCAAGCCAAGAAGCAGCAGAGUGAGGACAUGCAGACACAUGUGGAAAAGAAACUUAAAGCAUUGCAGACAUGUGAUGGUCAGCUAAAUCGUCUGAGGGCGCAGCUGGGGGCGGAGAUUGGGCGUGUUGAUGGCUGGCAGUGUUCCAAAGAGGCCUUCCAGAUAUACGCAGCGGCCGUCCGCGAGGUGGCACACGUCAACCUGCUGUCCUUUAACGAAACGGAGGUGACCCUAGAGUUGAAGCCACGCCUUCUCGCCAACACAAAUCCGCUGUCCAAUCAGCUGGAGCCGCUGAAGCUAUCAGUCAUCUGGAGCCCAGACGACCGUUUCACUCUCGAGGUUGAUCCGGCGAGGUCGGCGUCGCAGAUACCGGAAGACGCGUCGGGGCGCUGCACCGAACUCAGUGCCGUCCUGCUGGACGCGGUACACAACUACGUGGGACAGGCUGACCUCUUGGCUGAGAUCCAGAGCCUGAGAACCAGCUUUGCUAUCGACUGGCAUCCCGCUCAGCGUUUGCUGGUGUACCUCAAGUCUGCGUCAAUUCUGUGCCACCUGGAGGUGCAGGAAGGAUACCCCGACAGCGGAGCCGUGCAUCUGCGAGGUGUACAAAGAGACGGAAUACCACUGAACAUCGACACACUGCAGCCUCUAAAUCCUGACGGCAGCCUCACUCAAUGGCUCAUCUUUCUGUCCACCAAUCCUCUCAUUUGAUGGAGAAGACUUUCUAAUUUUUAACUAUCUUUCUGACAAGUUAAAAAAAUAAAGAAAGAAAUGUAAAGAAACAGGCAUUGCUUUUGAAUUUUGGC